AAAGCACAGAGCCCGGAGCCUGCUUUUGAUUCUGUGUCUCCCUCUCUUUCUGUUCUCCUGCUGGUGCUCUGUCUCUCAAAAUAAGUCUUAAAAAUUUUUUUGAAAGACCGCUUUCUCUCAAAGAGCGGAAAAAAUCAGCCCCCUUUUCUAAGCACUGUCUGCAUUGUGCUACACUCAGUCACAGCCGGCCUUUCUGUACCUCUCCACCUGUUACAGCCUUUGCAACAGGUCCCGUGUUCCUUUAUGCAGAACACAGAUACGCUGCUGUCUCUCGCCCAGUGGGCAAGGCAGGGAGCAGAGGGGACUUUAUACAAAAGGAAAGCUAUUUUUCACCAAGUGUGGAGGAGUCGUUUUCCUGGGAAAACAGGAGGCUCUAAUCAAAUGGUGUAGCUUGAAGUCUCAGGGAAGCACUGGGGAAAUCAGUAACAGGGACAGUCCUUUUUUCCCCACUUGCAGUCAUCUUGGGAGGUGGGCUUUGCACAAAACUUUGUUCCAUUCAGAGGCGUUUCAGCAGGUACGGGUAGUCUGGUUGGACUUUGGGACUGGAAUAAACAGGGAGAAGACCUUGCAGCUGGUGUGGGCGGGGGAACUCCGGGUAUAAAAGCCUUGCUCGUCUCGUUCUCUCUUGCUCGCUCGCUCACACACACGCACACUUACCGCUGAUUCGGUUUUGUUUUCUGGAUAGCCCACCUCGUUCCAAGAAAAUGGCCAAUCCUUAGAUUUAAACUCAGGAGCACUUCCUAAGUGGAAAGCUGAGGUUUCCAGGAGAAUGACUCAUUCCCUGACCUAAAUGAAAGUUUAAUCUUCCUGAGGAUACUAUAUAUUCUGGAAGUGGGCAGCGUUUGGGGAAUGGAUGGGAGGUUAGCUGUGGGGGGGGGGGGGUUAUUAAGGAUUGUGACCCACUCUCUCUGCUCUGUGUCCCAGGGAUACAGCAGGGACGCUAGACCUAGGUCUGGGGAAAUACCCAGUUCACACAGAGAUAGCGUAGUGGUUAAAAGAAAUCAGGGGGCCUGGGUUUGAACCCAAGUUCUGCCGCUUGUAGGUUAUGUGACCUGGGGCUGCUACUUUCCUUUAUGUGUCUGUCUUCUCACCUGUUAAAAUGAAAAGCCUUCCACAAGUAUUUCUUAAACUAUAUGCUAGGUGCUGUUCCAGGGGUUUGGGAGACCGAAGUAAAAAAAAAAAAAAAAAAUCCUACCUUGUAGAGCUUAUGUUCUAGUAGGGGAGGCAGACAGAAAACGCUACUAGUAUGUAAGUCAUACACGUAUGUUAGAAGAAGGUUCUAUGGGAACAAAAGUACAAGGAAAAGGGGAGGGGUAGCUGUGGGGUGAGGGAGGUGAGGCACAGGUGCAGGUAGUCACAAUCAGCCUCAUGGAAAGGUAAUUGGGCAAAGACUGGGAGAUAAUGAGGGAGAACUGGGAGUUGUUCGGGAAAAGUAUGUUCUAGACCAAAGAGUAGUUGCCUUCUAUGAAGUUUAUGUAAAUCCCUGGCACUUUAACAUUCUAUGAACAUUAUUUUCAUGCCCAAAUAUGGUCCAGAACCUCCCAGACACAAAGGGUACCAUGGUGGGCAGAGAAAAGGAGCAUAUUUGCGGUGCCCUGGGGGACCCCUCCAAAUGUUUUGUUCUGGCUAAGACUUCAGGACCUUCGUCCAACCCUGGGAUGAGAGGAAGAAUCCUUACUAAUGGCGAAGCCUGAAUUCCCCACCAGCCCUGCCAAAUGAGAACUCAGGGGGCAGACUCUAUGAUGACUGAAAGAAAAUAAAGUAAUAGCUUUCUAAUUGGAGUUGAUAAAGUCAGAUUCCUGCCCAGCCUGGAGAAAAAAAAAUGGAAGGAGGCAGGAAGGGGAGAGUCGUCUAGGUCCACGAUAGGGUCCUAGGAUGGAAGACCUGAAAUCUCAUUUUAUUUGCAGUUUAGCAAAUGAAUAGGACUUUGAGGCAUGGGACACAAGCAGGAGGGGAGGAGGCGAGAGUGGGUCCAAAAGAAGAAAAUGCCAACAAUGAUCAUGUGGAAAGACCUAUCUGGUGAUUCCCAGAAGUGGUGUAGAAGUGGCUUUGCCAGCAGGGUGGAUAGAUAGCCUGAGUCAGAGGGGCUGGUGUGACAGACGUGUGGCUCUGAGGAAACAUUCACCUCCGGUCAAAACUGUUUGGGCUCCAUAGAUUGAGGGCUUAAUUGUGCUAGAAUGCUGAAAUCCUGGAAAAAGCUAUAGUGCUUAUCUAACGUAGGUUAACCCACUCCUUUUUUAUAAGUGAAGGAACGGAGACUCAAACACCAAACAACUUGCCCAAAGUCCCAUUCAACUUGGCUUCGCAAAACUGAAGACCAGGACUGGUCCACAUACCAGGUUCUAGACCAGUUUAGGAAUGAACAAACCCAAGAUUUACAAGAGAUGAGAUGAAAAGUGCAGCGUCACGGUAUUCUGUGAAGACCAAGGCAGGCAUGGGGCUCCCUGGAACUUACAAGACUUUUCUCCAAACUCAUUGUGGUCUAUUUCCUGGAACCAAAUUAACCACUACUCUGAAGGAAGCCGAGAACUCUUAGCAACUCGAAAUGGCACAUUUUUCCAGGACUGCUCAAUGAGGCUCUAAAACAAGCUGCAAACUGGCCUUGAAUCAAAUCAAAUUUGUGCUGGGUCUGACUCACACAGGGUCUCUCUUCCAGGAGGAGCACACCAAGCAGCAAAGUCAGAACCUUCAGAUCUCUCAGUGCUCAGCCUGAAAAGUUACACAGCCCUACUUCCACCCAUGUUGUUGGUCAAAUUAAGCCACAGGCUAGCACACACUGAAGACGAGAGAGAAACUCCAUCUCAAAACUGCAGCAUGAUUCAUCAACUUAAAAACAUUCAGAAUCAGACUGUCCUUUGGUACAUUUUCACAGGCUUUGGAAUACUGUCUUCAGAAUCCUGUGUGAGACUACAAGUUGGUUGAUUGCACUCACAAGUCAGCUGACCAAGUAGCUACUCAAUUUCCAUAUUCAAAGUUGGACACUGAUUUCUAAAUUGUACUUAAGUGAACAGAACUGGCUUCUGCGUUUACCUGACAAAAAUCAUCACUUUGUAAUCAUAUGUUAUGUAUGGAGCAGGGAGAUAUUUUUCCGAAGCAGGGUUUUCUUUUUAACGUUUUGAUGUUUAAAUUGAAAUGAAUUUAAACAUUUUAUCGGUGUAGGGUCUGCUUUAGGAUUUUUGUCAUAUGCUCUUCUUAUUCCAAUAUUCGUUUAGUAGAGCUAUCAAACGAAAACGUGUUCAUCUAAAAUCAAUUUCCAAUCUCUCUACACACACACACACACACACACACACACACACACACACACACACACACACACACACACACACGUUUUUCUUUCUUGGUCAAUAAACAUUUAUAGUGACCUAUACAUUUUUUUCAAGCUUGCACGCAAGCUACACCAGCAGGGGGCGAAAUACAAUAGGAAUUUGACAAGCCAUAUAGAUUUUUCUUUAGCGACUGAGCAAUAACAAAAAAAUCCAGUACCACCACAAAACAAUUGGUACUCCAAUUUAAAGUGAUACAGUCUCCGUAUUUUUUACGGCAAUUGAGCUGUAAAAAGACAAAUGCGGGUCUAUUUUAGCGCUUCAAGUUAAUUUGUCUAGAAUAUUGCAGAGGCGGGAUAAACCGUGAUGAACUGCUUUUGUCCUUAUCUUCCCCCCGAUUUGUAUAAUUUCUCCACUCAAGGGGGUGGACACUUCUCUGUGGCUGAGGGAGUGUUUUCCAUCCUGUUUGCGUAGCUGCUGAGCUUUACUGUUUUUGGACUAUUUUAAAUUACUCAAAUUACCGGUGCAGGUUUGGCAAAAGUGAGUAGAAUGGGAACUCAGCAGGGCUCAUGAUUUGCAGGGUAGCUUCCCGGGAUCAUCAUCUCGAACGAUAACAAUAAUCCUUGAAGCCACAGUGGUCGGUGUUCUAAGAGAGAUUUAUGAUAGGAAAAGGUUAUAAAAAUGCAAAUAAUCAACUGCUCAACACUGAUGAUAGAAAAAGAAUCCAUUAUGACCCCUGCUAGAGAAAUGCAUAAAUUGAUUUUAUUUCUUUUGCUUCAUUGGAUAUUCUCCCGCAGCAGGUAUGAAAAAUUACCACCGUCUCCAUUUGUUAGCAAAAUUCCCCCUUUUUUUGUUAUUGGUCUCAAAGCCGAUUUGUCCGUCUUCAGCGGGUGCUUUCCCUGUUUCCAUCCUGUUAAGGUUGAUUUUUAUAUACAACAAUCUCUUCUUUGUUGUUAACUACCAGCUUCCUCUUGUCAGUUUAAAUUAAAAAGAGGAAGGGACUUAGACUGAAUGAAAAAGUCGUUUUCCGGGGCGAAAAGGGCAAGCUGAUAAGGGCUCUCCGAAUAGGCUUUUGGUAGGCAGUUUUAUUUAGAGAGCAAGAGACUUAACUCGGUCCUGACUGAACGUUAUAGUUAACCGGCUGAGGAGCACCUGUCCCUCGCCGGGAGCGCUGUUUCAGAGGGAGGCGGAACGCAGAAGGACGUCUUUCCCGGCAACACCUCGAUGACUCGCAAGGAAGUAAAGGAAAAGGGCAGCUUGCCCUCACCCAAAAUGGCGGCCGGCGCUUAGAGUGACCGCGCCUGCGCAGGGGUGUAAAUUAAUUAUUUGAAAGCAAUUGAACAAUGGAGCCAGACAUCAUUCGAAUGUACUCUUCAUCCCCACCACCACUAGACAAUGGAGCCGAGGAUGAUGAUGAUGAUGAAUUUGGGGAAUUUGGUGGGUUUUCAGAAGUUAGCCCUUCUGGUGUAGGAUUUGUUGACUUUGAUACACCAGAUUAUACUCGUCCCAAGGAAGAGUUUGUACCUUCAAACCAUUUUAUGCCAAUUCAUGAUUUCUCAGAAAAUGUAGAUAGCCUUACUAGCUUUAAAUCCAUUAAGAAUGGUAGUGAUAAAGACAUCACUGCUGAACUUUCUUCUCCUGUGAAAGGACAGUCUGACGUUUUACUUUCUACCACCAGCAAAGAAAUAAUUUCAUCUAAAACUUUAGAUACUUCCAUUGAUGGCAUAGAAAGUCCAGGAGAUUUAAAUACUAUAGUGAAGCAGAGACAGAAUGUUGGAACACCUGAAAGUUUCUCUCCAGGAGAUUUUAGAACUGAUACGAAUGUUGUUCAUCAAAACAAGCAGUUAGAGAGCUGCAAUGGUGAAAAGCCUCCUUGUCUGGAGAUUCUAACAAACGGGUUUGCAGUGUUGGAAACUGUAAAUCCUCAGGGAACAGAUGAUCUGGACACCGAAGCCGAUUCAAAAGGACGAAAGCCUCUUAGCACUCAUAGUACUGACUAUAACUUAGACCGUGCACCUAGUCCUGCUGAGGAAUUUGCAGAUUUUGCCACAUUUUCCAAAAAGGAAAGGAUACAACUAGAAGAUCUAGGAUGUGCAGUUUUAAAUGAUAGAGAAGCAUUAACCAUUCAGGAAAAUAAUAAAAUUAAUAGAGCCAGUGAACUGAGCUCUGUAAAAGCACUGUCUUUGGGUAGAAGCUUUGACGAUAAAGGAGACAUUGAUGGAGAGGAUCAGGUUUGUGUUUCAGAAAUAAGCAUAAUGAGUACCAGAGGUUUCAGUACUGAAAAACCAGGCCUUCCAACAUUGCAACAGGAUGAAUUUUUAAAAUCAGUUCAAUCAAAGCCUUGGAGUUUGGCAGACUCAGCUGAUAAUUCAGAAGCCAGUAUGAGAGAAUGUAAAACUGAGGAAAAACUUGAUUUGUUUACUUCUAAGUGUGCUGACCUAUGCAUGGAUUCUAUUAAAACUUCUGAUGCUGAUGAUGAAGUUGGUUCUUCCAAAGAAGAAAGUAAAAAGUUUACCGACUCCCAAAGCCCCAGCAUUGAUCCUACAGAAGAAAACGUUCUGGAUGAUUCUUUAAGUGUAAAAAAUGGUGACAGUAGUAAUGACUUUGUGACUUGCAAUGAUAUUAACGAGGAUGAUUUUGGUGACUUUGGCACAGCCAGUGGCACGACUCCACCUUUUGUUACUGGUACCCAAGAUUCAAUGAGCGAUAUCACUUUCGAAGAGUCCUCAGAGCACUUUCCACAUUUUAGUGAACCAGGUGAUGACUUUGGAGAAUUUGGGGAUACAAAUGCUGUUUCUUGCCAAGAUGAAAUUCUAUUUACUGAGUCCGACCUAAAACAGACUUCUGAUAGUUUAUCAGAGGAAUGUAAGUUGGUGGGAAAGUCUUCUGGGACAGGCACUGAUCCUGUUUCAAAACUGGAAAUUGAGCAAGAAGGUGAAUUUGGAGAUUUUGAUUCUGUGCCAAAUAUUCGAGAGGACCGCAGUGCUUUUCAAGACUCUGAUGAUUUUGCGGACUUCAGUUCAGCUGGGCCUAGCCAAGUGGUAGAUUGGAAUGCCUUUGAGGAUGGACAGAAAGAUAGUUGCUCUUGGGCUACUUUUGGAGACCAGCAGGCUGCUGAAUCUCACCAUCGAAAGGAAGCCUGGCAGUCACAUAGGACAGAUGAAAAGAUCGAUACUCCAGGAACCCCCAAAAUGCACAGUGUCCCUUUAGCAACUUCCAAAGGAGCAGUUGCUGGUGGCCAUUUACAGGAAACAGCCACUUCAGUUCAGACAGCUUUACUAAACCGCCUGGAGCGAAUUUUCGAAGCAUGUUUUCCUUCAAUAUUUAUCCCUGAUACUGAAGAAGAAGUUACUUCCCUGAAGCACUUGCUGGAAACAAGCACCUUCCCAAUAAAAACAAGAGAGGCCUUAGCUGAAAGUGGGGAACUGCUGGAUGUGUGGACCGAGCUACAGGACAUCCACGAUGCACAUGGCUUGAGAUAUCAGUGGGGUGGCUCCCAUAGCAACAAGAAGCUUUUGUGCUCCUUGGGAAUAGACACCCGAAACAUUCUCUUCACGGGUAACAAGAAGCAGCCUGUUAUAGUGCCCAUGUAUGCAGCAGGAUUGGGUAUGUUAGAACCCACCAAGGAACCAUUGAAACCACUAUCUGCUGCAGAAAAAAUCGCUUCCAUUGGUCAGACAAACACCAUGUCACCAGAAAUGAACACAUGUACAUCUGACCAAUUUCAGGAGUCUCUACCACCCGUCCAGUUUGACUGGAGUAGCAGUGGCCUUACUAACCCUUUAGAUGCUAGUGGAGGUUCCACUCUUCUGAACCUUGAUUUCUUUGGGCCCGUGGAUGACAGUAGCUCUAGCAGCAGCACCACAAUCCCAGGUGUGGAUCCAGAGUUGUAUGAGUUAACAACUUCUAAGCUGGAAAUCUCCACCUCAAGCCUCAAAGUGACUGAUGCAUUUGCAAGACUCAUGUCCACAGUAGAGAAGACAAGCACAUCUACCAGGAAACCGAAAAGAGAAGAGCACCUAAGUGAAGAAGCCAUCAAGGUGAUCGCUAGCCUUCCUGACUUAACGUUCAUGCAUGCCAAGGUGUUGAUGUUCCCAGCCACGUUAACACCUUCCACAAGGUCCCAAGAGAAAGCAGACUGAUAACCGAUGUGAAUUGGACACUUUAAAUUGCUUUUCCUUUCCUCCAGCCCUUCCCUACCAUCAAAAGCAUACCUGCUCUAAUUAAAAAAAAAAAAAAAAAAAAA